UGGCAACAGCGCGCGCACGCCAGCAAUGACGUUAGGAAAAAGCACGUGGACGCGCAUGCGGUUGGACUAAAUUAAGGACAAAUAGUUUGGGGAAUAGAAGAAAACUCGUAAUGUGAACAUGUAGGCUCGGCAUAGCAGAGGAAUUCUACUUGUACCCGGAGAAACCUGACAGAGCUUUAAUUACAUAUGAAAGUUGUAUCCACAUGGCUCGUAUUACCCCCUGAUUGGUUGUCAUUUCGUACCCACUGAGAUUUGCACCUGUCUGUGUAUAUUUAGAUGCUCAGGCGCUGCCAGAGAGGGAUGCAGGCGUCUUAGUGUGGAUCUGAAAUUUUAAAGAAUUGCUACCAUGAAACAGAAGCCUGAGCCCAAAAGUGUGGGACCCUUGAAAGAUGAGGAUUUUGUCCCCUGGAAUGGAGUUACAUUAAACAGAUGUCUGGCCAUUGCUGCCAUUGCAGCUCUUCUGAGUGUUGGAUUUCAAAUUCUUCAAGAAUCUGUUGACUCUGAUGACCUGGCCGAACCAGAGAAUGACAUUUGGACUUCGCCUGAGUCAAAUGACGAGCAGUCUGAGCCAUGGUUUUUUGAAAACUGGUUUGGCUCAAGUACACCAAAUUUGCCUGUUAUAGAGAAACAAGAAAUACCAGAAACUACAAUACCAGAAACUACAGAACCAGACAUUUCUGAAGUAGAAGAGCUGGAAGAGCCCAUAGCUGAAGAAUCAGAACUGACUGAUAAGGAAAUAGAAACAAAGACGGAAGAAUUAUUAGAGGAACCAAUAGAAACUGAGAAGCAAGAGGAAAAAAAGGAAAAACCAAAAUCAAGUGAACAGUGGGGGUUAAAGCCUAAAGGCAGAUAUAUGGAAGCCAAAGCUAUUAAAAUCAGAAGAGCUGAAAACGGGUCCCAAAGAAAAGAGGUUUUUCCUUUUAACCUUGCAAAGAAGCCCAAGGAUUCAGCUAAGCCUCAUUCAGAGGGAAGGGAGAAACCACCUAAAGAUACAAAAUAUCAGAAAAAAAAUGAUGAAAAGAAAUAUGAUUCUCCAAAAAAACAUGUUGAGAAUUCUUUCAAAAAAGAAAGAGAGGAGCACAAUAAAUAUUUUAAGCAAGACAAGGGAAAGAAAGAGGAUAAAGAAUAUAAGACACACAAGCAGUACGAUUAUGAAAAGGACUAUAAGAAAAAGUAUGAUCCCAGACAUCAUGGCUGACAUUACAUGAGCACUACAGGAGCUAGAGUAAUUGUAGACUUUCUAGUGAAUAGUAAAUAGUAAAUUAUUGUUCUUCUAAAUCUUUGUCAGAAAAGGGUAUCACUACGUGUGGGGCAAUGUGCAACAUGGCCCAAGUCCUUACCCCUUCCCGCCGAGCGUACGCACAUAUGUGUCCUUUGGCUUUUGGGGGUUAUACCGGACUGAUGCCUGCAGCUGCAGUAUUGCAGUAUUGUUUUUUAGCAGGGGCGAUCAGCUUUCCAGGGAUAACAACCGAUACGACUAAAAGCUGCUUGAUUUUUAUCCCAGAGGAGCGGAAUGGGAAACCCCCCCCCCCCCUCCUGCUGCUCUGACCGGGCCUCCUGUCCCACUGGGGGACCCGAUCCGUGAUCUGGCACUUCCGGCGUCUAGCAACAGACUGGAACGAAGCCGUAAACGGCUUUGUUCCAGUCUCCUGACUUUAAACACGAAAGCAACGUCACUUUUGGUUUACUUGACUGCCAAUGGUGCCGGAUUAAAGUAUUCAGAAUUGUUUUCAGUGAUCUGAAUACUUUGAAGUGCAAAGGAAGGAUUGGAGGUCUUUUAGACCCCCAAUUCCUCCAUAAAGAGUACCUGUCACCACCUAUUACUGUCACAAGGUAUGUUUACAUACCUUGUGACCGCAAUAAAAUUGAUCAAA